AAACCUCCCGCGCUCAGGCUGAAGCGCCCAUCCGCACCCUCCAGCAUGAAGGUCUCCGCAGCCCUGCUGUGCCUGCUGCUCGCAGUGGCCGCCCUCAGCACCCAGGUGCUCGCUCAGCCAGAUUCCGUUUCCAGCCCAGUCACUUGCUGCUUUACUGUGUACAAAAAGAAGAUCCGCUGGCAGAAUCUGAAGAGCUACACGAGAGUCACCAACACCCAGUGUCCCCAGGAAGCUGUGAUCUUCAAGAACAAAAAGGACAAGGAGAUCUGUGCCGACCCCGAGGACAGGUGGGUCCAAGAUGCCAUGAACCAACUGAACAAGAUGUCCCAAGCUCGGAAGCCUUGA